AUAUAGAAUAAUUCUCAUUGCCUUUUCUUCAUAAAUGAGAGACACCUAUAAACACUAAUCUAAUAAGCUAAAUAAAUACAGAGAGAUAGAGAGAAAGAAGAGGAUAAGAGAUAAUAAUAUGGGUGUAAAGGCUAUAGUAGAAGAUAUUUUGCCAUGCACAGGCAUGGUGAUAACAGAAAUUGUAACUAUUUUCUUGACUAUUAUGGCAAGUACAGCCAUGUCAAGAUUAGGGAUGAGUUCUUUUGUGUUUGUGGUUUAUACCAAUGCUCUUAGCUCAAUUAUUCUUCUUCCUUAUUCAUAUCUCUACCAUCGAAGAGACAAGAUACAAGCGCCAUUGUUUACUUUCCCGAUACUUAUCCGGGUAUUUCUCCUUGGUCUUGUUGGGGUUUCAAUUGCUCAGAACCUUGCAUUUGCUGGACUAAGUUACAGUUCACCAAUUGUAGCAUGUGGAGCAGCCAACAUGAUUCCAGCUUUCACUUUUAUUCUCGCUAUAUUCCUCAGGAAAACAAGAAUUAAUUUGAAGAGCCAAGAAAGCCAAGCAAGAAUUAUUGGAACAGUAAUAUCAAUAAUGGGUGGAAUGGCAAUGACUUACUAUAAAGGUCCAGUGGUGAAGCAAUACUCCCCCUUAUUCCUUCAGCUAGCCAGGCCACGCCUUCUUGUCUUCACUUCAACACAUGAGAAUUGGGUUCUUGGUUGCUACUUAUUUGCAGCAGCUUCAUUUACUCUUUGUAUAUGGAAUAUUAUUCAGGCUGGAACUAUCAGAAAGUAUCCACAGAUGAUGAAAAUAGUGUUUCUUUAUACUUUAUUUGGGACGAUACAAUCAGCAAUAUUUGCUCUGUGGAUGGAAAAAGAUCUCAACGCUUGGAGACUCAAGCUUAACACGGAGCUUCUUGUUAUUGUUUUAACCGCAAUUUUCAGCAGUUUAAUACGUACCAGCGUCCAGAUGUGGUGCACGCGAUUGAAAGGACCUUCAUAUCCUCUAUAUUUCAAGCCAGUGGGAAUUCCAACAGCUAGCACUUGUGGCUGUUUACUUUUUGCUGAUACUUUUCACUAUGGAAGCAUGUUUAGUGCAAUUGUAUGUGGAAUGGGUUAUUACACUACACUCUGGGGACAACUCAAAGAAGAUGAAACAAGUAAAAACAUUAAGGGUAGCACGUUACCAACUACAACUUCUGAUGAGAAAGUUCCACUUUUGCAAGAAAAAGAAGAGGAAGAAGAAGGAGAUUCAAAAGUCUAAGAUGAAAAUUAAGAUGAUGAAGAUAAAUGUAAGUGCAUGCUAGGAAUUUUAAAUUAGUUGUAUAUAUGUGUUGGGAGGAUUUAUUUUUUCAAGCCUUCCAUCGCAAGUUGAACAAUGAAAUUGUUGUUCAACUAUAUUAAUUUUCUCUCUAGUUAGGGGUUAAGUACGCGCUCUUGUUGAUAAGUUUGAUUGAGAUAUUUUGUGUAUGUUUUUCUUAAAGAAGUCGUUUGUAAAUAGUAAGAAUUGAUUUUGAGAUCAAUAUUAAGAGUUUGUGAUUGUAUAAGACUACCUUUUGA